UCGUAAACAAUAUCAACAAAAACAAAAAAAUACAGGGACUGUUUCAUCAACCAAGAGUAAACCAAGGGAUUCUCCCUUAUCUUCGCGAAGAAAGUAAUUUCUGUCGCCCUUUGAGGUAUUCCCACCUUUCUGAAGAAGCAGUGGGGGAUGGACGAAGUGCGGCCUAACAACGGACCAGCAGCAGCCCCCGGGCUGGCGUCACUCUUCCCCCCGGGUCUGCAGGCAAUCUACGGGGAAUGCAGGCGCCUCUACCCCGACCAGGCCAACCCCUUACAAGUUACAGCCAUUGUCAAAUACUGGUGAGUAGAUCGCUAACGAGGUCUUAUUCUGGAUACAUUUCUUUGCAACAAAGUCGGAUUCCGCGAAAGCUAACUUGAAUUGCAAUGUUGUUAGUUACGUUAGCUAACAGAGGAUAUGGUGAAAACGCUACAGCUAGUUACCUAGCUUGCUAGCCAGAGAAAACAUAUGAUUUGAUGUGAUUGCUCUUUAUUGUUGACCAAAUUACCAGUGAGGAAUGGGGCUGAAGAAAUGUAACGUUAACCACUCUAAACGCCUACAGAUUUAGUAAACAAACACUUUGUCUACAAACAAUGGAGUGUAAAUCACCUUAUAUUUGGGGUUAUGAGUGUAUUAGAAAGGUGUCCUAAGCUUAUAAGACAUUGAUAAAUUAAAGAAUCAAUGGUUAUAUAAUUAUUUAAAAUGGCAGUAAAUAGUGCAGAUUGCGCUUUUAACAGUAGUGUGUCUCUACAGGUUAGGAGGUCCUGAUCCAUUGGACUACAUCAGUAUGUACCGUAACGUGGGCUGUGCAGCGCAGGACGUACAGGAACACUGGCACUACAUCAGCUUCGGACUCAGUGACCUGUAUGGAGACAACAGAGUACAUGAGUAAGUACAGUACUUCAGGUUAGAGCUCCAACAGACCAAGUUGCCCAGGUUACUAACAACAGACACACAUGGUUUGUGCAGCUGUUGUUCACUCACUUUCACUCCUUUGUAUCAUUAUGCAGAAUCAGCAUUUAGACACUAGCACACUUUUUCUUGUUCCUCUGAAGCAGGUAUGUCAUGCCAACAGCUUUCACCCCCCCCUGUUUGUAGUGUUCUUGAGUAGACUUGCCAGCUCUGAUCCCCCACAAUUCCCAGAAAUCUCCCCACCUCUUUGGUUUGCUCCCCUUUAAACAGCUGUAAUUGAAAAUCCAUGUUUGUCAUAAUUCUGGAAUAGUACUGAAUGGGUGGAGUGUGAACGUUUAAACUACAUUGGGAUCCUUAACGUUAAGAAAAAUCACUAACUGUAGAGACACACUCAGGUCUAUAAAGACCUUAGGCAAGUUGUGUAAUUUAAAUUUCCACCCCAGUAUCUCUAUUUGCACAUCAUCUCUUGCACAUCUAUCAUUCUAGUGUUAAUACUAAAUUGUAAUUAUUUUGCACUAUGGCCUAUUUAUUGCCUUACCUCCAUAACUUGCUACAUUUGCACACACUGUAUAUAUAUUUUCUGUUGUAUUUUUGACUUUAUGUUUUGUUUACCCCAUAUGUAACUCUGUGUUGUUUUUUAUCGCUUUGCUUUCUCUUGGCCAGGUCACAGUUGUAAAUGAGAAAUUGUUCUCAACUGGCUUACCUGGUUAAAUAAAGGUUAAAUAAAAAAUAAAAAUAAAUUUAAACUAGAGAGGAAGAGGAAAACUUUAGGCUACUUUGGAGAAUUUGCAAGAUAUACAAGACAAGAGAUACAGAUUACCAAGACAUAUGUGUACCACAGUUCUUUCUGCCUGCCCCCUCCUCCCUUGUGCUGGCAGCAUCACAUUAGUGGAAACCAAGACCAUUCUUUGGGCAGGCCUGGUUGUCAAGGACAAUUUUAGCUAACCUUAACCUAAUUCUCCUAACCUGCCACAUUAAUCUCUUAACCUGCCACAUUAAUUCUCCUAACCUGCUGCGUAAAUUCUCCUAACCUGCUACAAAACCGGCAUACCUGCCCUCUGGUCCAAUAAAAAUAGUAGCUCAAAUACUUUUUCAGUAUAUCCUGUUACUAUCAUCCGUAAAAUGUAUGUGUAAAUCAGUAGGUCCUGAUUAAGCAUGAACAACAGUACAACUAUAAAACUCUCUAAGAACCUAAAUAACUUAUCUCAUUGGCUUAUUAUUAUGAAAAACAUCCCCACAGAAUGAUGCUGCCACCACCAUGGUGAUGAGAGGUGUUGGGUUUGUGCCAGACAUAGCGUUUUCCUUGAUGGCCAAAAAGCUCAAUUUUAGUCUCAUCUGACCAGAGUACCUUCUCCCACAUGCCUUUUGGCGAACACCAAACGUGUUUGCUUAUUUUGUUCUUUAAGCAAUGGCUUUUUUCUGGCCACUCUUUUGUAAAGCCCAGCUCUGUGGAGUGUAAGGCUUAAAGUGGCCCUAUGGACAGAUACUCCAAUCUCUGCAGUGGAGCUUUGCAGCUCCUUCAGGGUUAUCUUUGGUCUCUUUGUUGCCUCUCCGAUUAAUGCCCUCCUUGCCUGGUCCGUGAGUUUUGGUGGGCGGCCCUCUCUUGGCAGGUUUGUUGUGGUGCCAUAUUUUUUAAUAAUGGAUUUAAUGGUGCUCCGUGGGAUGUUCAAAGUUUCUGAUAUUUUUUUAUAACCCAACCCUGAUCUGUUCUUCUCCACAACUUUGUCCCUGACCCGUUUGGAGAGCUCCUUAGUCUUCAUGGUGCCGCUUGCUUGGUGGUGCCCCUUGCUUAGUGGUGGUGCCCCUUGCUUAGUGGUGUUGCAGACUCUGGGGCCUUUCAGAACAGGUGUAUAUAUACUGAGAUCAUGUGACAGAUCAUGUGACACUUAGAAUGCAAACAGGUGGACUUUAUUUAACAAAUUAUGUGACUUCUGAAGGUAAUUGGUUGCACCAGAUCUUAUUUAGGGGCUUCAUAGCAAAGGGGGUGAAUACAUAUGCACGCACCACUUUUCCGUUAUUUAUUUUUUUGAAUUUUUUGAAACAAGUAAUUUUUUUAAAUCUCACUUCACCAAUUUGGACUAUUUUGUGAAUGUCCAUUACAUGAAAUCCAAAUAAAAAUCCAUCUAAAUUACAGGUUGUAAUGCAACAAAAUAGGAAAAACGCCAAGGGGGAUGAAUACUUUUGCAAGGCACUGUAUAGGUAAAAAAAAAAAGAUCUUCCUUAUAUAUCUCAGGUGUAGGACAGACACUUUAAAACAAACCUCCUUUGAUUCAUUUUUGGGCAAUUAUUUUCCAUGUAUGAAUCUGUUACUCGGUGUGUUUCUAUGGGCUGAUAGCAGUAAGGCCAAAUUCAAUGUUUCAUUAAAUAUUUAUUUUAUAUACCUAUAGGGGUCCUAAAAUAGCUAAAUGAUCAUUGGUACGACUAUUUCAAAACAAUCCCCCCCCGGCUUAGACUCUUAAGUAUUAAACAAUCUACAUUGGUUGAUUGCUAGGCAUACAACAAAUAUUAUUUGUUAAUACAUUUGAAACGAGGUCUAGUUGUGGCUGCAACCGGACUAGAUUGUGAACGACUCUUGGUGAAAUGCAUUGCUUGACUGCCGUGAGGGUGAAAAGUAGCCUGACGACUCACACUAAAUUCUUCCGCUGCUCUGUUGUUCGCUACAUACUGCUGCGGAGAAGAAAGUAACGUCUGUGGCAUAGCGUUUGGCCGGAGCCUGGGUAGCCAGGCAAGGUGAUAAUCACAGUCGUUCGCGAACUGCAGCCCCCCAAACGAUUAGUUAGAGUUUGUUGAGCAGAGGCUAUGUAUGUUUUGGUUCUACAAAGCUGUGUCCAUCAUAACGUUCAAUAAUAAAUUAAUUGCAGUCAUUUGAUAAAUUAUCAGUUCUAAACAUGUAUUUUUCUUCUCUAUGCUCAUGAUCUAUUUUCCUGCGCGCAUAUGACAGACAGUUGGUGGUCGGUGCAUGUCUCUGGAGUCGCUGAGCCGGAGGAAUGUGUAAUACUAUUAAUCCUGCUGUAGAACUCAUUGCAGCGAGCACUAGCAGGUCAAAAUCAUACCUCAGUGGGGUCAAACGAACGACUAAUAUCAAGGUUCGCACAAGGUGCUUAAAGUACUUGAAUUUGGCACUCUGAAAUUCAAGUAUUCGAAUACCUUGAAAAUCUAACAUUUUCUCAAGUUGGUGCUUGAAAAUUACUUUUAUUAAAAUGAGAGGAGAACAGAAAAUGAAGAAAUAUGAAAAAUAUUAGAAAUGUAUUGGUCUUGCAAAUUAAUUUCCAGGCAGACUACCGAGUUUUAUUUCCUCACGUGUCUCUGGUUGCCAGGCGAGCUCGCUUAUUCCAUCCACACUGCCACUCAGCCAGGCAGGUACAAAACUGACUGAUUAGUUCUGUACCGCCAAACGUCACAUCGAUAGCUAAAAGGCCGGGCAAAUGUAGAUUCAAUUCUGCCUGGCAGGAUAUUGAUGUUUAUGAAUGGGUUUCGCCAGACCCAACCAGGAAUGUAGUGGAGGGUAAAUGCUGUUUAUGCACCUUUUUAUUUGUGAAUUAGAAUUUACUCACUUUUUUAUUUUGUUAAUGAUAAUUUACCCACUUCUUGAUCUGAGUUCUAAUCGCGCCUACAUCUGCGAAUGAGUGGAAUCAUUAAUGAUUAAUGUAUGCUCGUUAUGUUCGCCUUUUUGAGCUGAACACACACACAUGCACACCAGAAGAGAGAGGUGGGUUAGACAGCUUGAAUAAAGUGUGUGUAUUCCAUAUGUGUAUUGUCAGGUUUACAGGUCAGGAAGGCCCCAGUGGCUUUGGCUUUGAGCUGACGUUCAGGCUGAAGAGAGAGGUGGGAGAGACUGCACCCCCUACCUGGCCGGCUGAACUCAUGCAGGGCCUGGCCCGCUACGUCUUCCAAUCAGGUAAGAACCCAGGCUCUGUGUGUGUGCCUAGUGUGGAGGGGAUUUAGUCAUUAGAGUAAGGUUAGGAGAAGGUAGUUGUCGACCAAUUACAAGCAAGGUACUCUGAGCGUUUUAUUACUCUUCACCACACACUGCCUCCACAUGGAGAUUUUGGAGCAUGUCAAUAUUUGUAACCUUAUGUCACUCUACGUCAGUGACGUUUCGCUAAGGAGAGCACUUGGUGGUCACCAGCACAAUCAUCUCCAGCUUCCAAUUGGGUCUUUCAACCCCUUGCUUCUCCACCGCAACUUCCUAAUGUAGCCUGUAAAAGAGGAGAAUGUGUUCUCAGUCAGCUUAUCUGGUAGAAUAACGGCUAAUAUAAGUAAAUGUGGACUAGAAGAGCAUGUUGUGUAAUGUAUAAUCCUAGCCUCCGUGUUUUUAAAGACCUGGCCAGCUCUAAAUGGUUCCUCUUGGCCAUGUAAACACAAACCUCUGCGACAGAGCUAAAGCUUGUGUCUGAGGUCGUGCAUAAGCUGCUGUUUAGCCGUAAUCAGGAUAUUUUCAACUAACCUUUACUUGGCGAUACGUUCUUCCUUCUCGAUUCGGAAGAAACUUGUUUCUUGUAAACUUCUGUGUCCGGUUGCAAUGGGAACUCCAAAAACCAGAGAAUAUUCUGGGAAACAGAGAGGGAGGGAGGGCCAUUCUCUCUAGGUUAUUCUACGCCCCUGUCUGCUCUCCAGCUGGGGUCAAUUUAAACGUGCGUGGGCCCUGCGCUGGAUGGAUGAAUACUGGAUCCCUGGCCCUCCAUCCUCUCCUCCUUUUCCUUCCCAUAUCUUUUCCAGUAUAUCUGGACUGGGUGCCUGUUACCUCACAAGCAGAUUGAUUCCUCUGGCAGGAUCUCUUGCUUACUCUCUCCCCCUCUCAUCGCCUCUUUCUCUUCUCAGUUUUUCCCCCUCAUCAAGCUACACACUACCCCAUAAUGACAAAGCAAAAACAGGUUUUUAGACAUUUUUGCAAAUGUAUUAAAAAUAAUCAACUGAAAUAUAACAUUUACAUAAGUAUUCAGACCCUUUACUCAGUACUUUGUUGAAGAACCUUUGCCAGCGAUUACAGCCUUGAGUCUUCUUGGGUAUGACGUUACAAGCUUGGCACACCUGUAUUUGGGGAGGUUCUAGCAUUCUUCUUUGCAGAUCCUCUCAAGCUCUGUCAGGUUGGAUGGGGAGCAUCGCUGCACAGCUAUUUUCAGGUCUCUCCAGAGAUGUCCGAUCAGGUUCAAGUCCGGGCUCUGGCUGGGCCACUCAAGGACCUUCAGAGACUUGUCCCGAAGCCACUCCUGCGUUCUCUUGGCUGUGUGCUUUGGGUCGUUAUCCUGUUGGAAGGUGAACCUUUGCCCCAGUCUGUGGUCCUGAGCGCUCUGGAGCAGGUUUUCAUCAAGGAUCUCUCUGUACUUUGCUCCGUUCAUCUUUCCCUCGAUCCUGACUAGUCUCCCAGUCCCUGCCGCUGAAAAACAGCAACUUAAGUGGUUCCUCUCAUUGGUGUAGUCAUGGCCCUGCCUCCUAUGUGUGUAUAUCAUAGGACUGUUCCUCUUCACUUCAUCUGACCUGACCUCGGGCCACAUUCCUCACUCCUCCCUAACUCACGGCUGUCCUACCUUAUCAGUUACUGAAACCAGACUGUGGCCCUUCUCCUCUCCAUAGGAUACCUGAGAUUUAACAAUAACAUGUUCUGACAGAAUUUUAACUUUCUGCACUCCUCUUUCUCACUCAGUAUAUUUCCAUACCCUCAGUUCUAAUAUGGUAACAUCAAAAAGGAUAUUUCAUAUUUCAAGUUUAGAAGUUAGUACCCAACAGAAUGAAGGAGGCCACUGUGUUCUUGGGGACCUUCAAUGCUGCAGACAUUUUUGGGUACCCUUCCCCAGAUCUGUGUCUCGACACAAUCCUUUCUCGGAGCUCUACAGACAAUUCCUUCAACCUCAUGGCUUGGUUUUUGCUCUGACAUGCACUGUCAACUGUGAGACCUUUAUAUAGACAGGUGUGCCUUUCCAAAUCAUGUCCAAUCAAUUGAAUUUACCAUUGGUGGACUCCAAUCAAGUUGUUGAAACAUCUCAAGGAUGAUCAAUGGAAACAGGAUGCACCUGAGCUCAAUUUCGAGUCUCAUAGCAAAGGGUCUGAAUACUUAUGUAAAUAAAUUAUUUCAGUUUUUUGUCUCAAAUGUCUAAAAACCUGUUUUUGCUUUGUCAUUAUGGGGUAUUGGUGUGUAUAUUGAUGAGGGAAAAAAAACAAUUUAAUCCAUUUUAGAAUAAGGCUGUAACGUAACAAAAUGUUACUCGGUUCAGGAAACUAGGUGCAUGUCGCACGUCACUACUUCACAGGAGAGCCAUUUGAACUUAAACUUUUUUAUUUGAUCAAAAUGCGUUUUUUUAUAAAAUAAAUGUCUUCUGGAACAUGUGAACUUUCAUGUGCCUUAAUAACAAACUUGUAUGCCAUCUGUAAAUACGUAUACAAUUGUUAAAUUACGAGCCUAGUUGGUUUAGCCACGGAAAAAGACAGCAACCUUCCCCGCUAGCCAUGAUUGGCUGAGAUAAUGAGUGGGCUGGACAUGCCGAGAGAUGAGUUCAGAUUGGUCUGCCAUGUAGCACGCUUCUGUCUAUAACAUGAGCUGGUCAGUAUGUGUAGGUAAUAUUUUCUAAAUCUUCUUUUUUGAAAGAUAUCACGUAGUAGAACUGCAGAAGUGUUGCUCUCCACUUUCUGGAGGACCGCGUUUUGAAAUCAGUGGAAUUAGUGUGAUAGCUAAGGAGAUGGAGAAAAUUCUGGCGUUUGUUUGCGAAUAUGCAGGCGUAGUCAAAAAGAGAACAUAGAAGGCUGUUGUAUAAAACACCUUUCUCUGGAUUACAUCUUCAAACUAAGGGCAACCAUGGCAUCUGUGACAGAGAGGGAGAAGCGUCCAUCCAUGUAUACGGGUAAGAUAGUCUAGCUAGCUACAUUUUCAGAUGCUACACUUUUCUAAUUUUAUCAAAGUCGUUUUCAUUUAAAGUUAAAGUGUAAUGUUAGCUAGCUAGCUAACGUUUGCUGGCUCGCUCGCUAGCUAACGUUACGUGUAUGAUCUGUGUAGUAAUAUUAUUCGUAUCUCAGAGCAAUUUGCAUUGCUAGUUAUAGGCAAAUGUUAGCUAUCUAACAUUGAACCUGGUUGGGUAGCUACCUGCAGAUUCAUGCAGGGUAGUAACGUUAUGAGUUGGGAUUAUGGUUAAUUGUUUAGCUAGCUAACUACAUGUCUAAACAAGACUCCACUAUGCAAGUAACCAUUUCAAUAGAAUGUUCAUGAUGUCAUUGCGACAACUGUCGAUAGACGUAGCUGGUAAAUUCGCUCUGGCUAUCUACUCCGAUUUCAGAGCACUCUCGUCUGAGUGUGCCAGAGUGCAGAAUAACUCACAAAUUUUACGAACGCUCAACAGCCAUUGAAUAUGGCCGGUGUCAGUAAACGUUGGCAAAAAAGCGUAAUUAAAUUGUUUCCAGCAGCACAGUUGCAGUCACCAACGCUCUGGAUAACAUUAAAACAGCCUAACCAGCUCUGCUAGGGCGAGUAAAAUGGUCAGAGUGAACUGUUCUUGGUGUCUGGAAGUAGCUAGCAAGCUAGCCAACGUUAGCCAGUUAGCUUGGGUGCUUGACUGCUGUUGCUCGGAUCAACUUCUGAAUGCUCCGAGAGCGAAAUGCUCAGAAUUUACGAAAGGACAAUCUGACAACGCUCUGAGUUUACGAACACCCAGAGCACACUCAGUAGAACACCCAGAGCACACUUUACGAACACACCCGUAGUAUAGACCAGCCUUUAGUCUUGAUGUCUUUUGUUGUUUAGUACAUGGCCUCACAUAUGAAUCCUUAAAGAGAUGGGUGGGGCUAAAGCUUAAAAGGGUGUGAACGAUGCUGAAUGGGUGUAGACAAAGAAGAGCUCUCCAGUAAGUGUACCAAAACAUUCAAGGGCCAUUUUCUGAAAAGUGAGGUUACAAGUUUAUCAACUUUCAAUGCAGAAUUACUUUCCCAUUGUUCCUCAACUGUAGUGAAUGAUAUACCAUUUUCUAGCUCUACUUUUAUCCAAUGUAAAAACACCAUUUGAAAUGUUGCUACAUAAGAUCGAGCCGGUCGGUCACAACUGUGGAAAAAGUAUAGGGGUCUGAAUACUUUCCGAAUGCACUGUAUACACACACUCCCUUUAUUCUCUCACUCUUUCUCUUAUCAUUCUUACUAUGACUCUUUUCUUUCAGUUUGAUAGUCCUUUCACUUUCUCAUUUGCUGUUAGACUAGUGAUGAGAAAACUGUAAUGUAUUUUCCGAUAUAUCACAGAGUAGUCUUUCACCUCCAUGUCGCUCCUCUGUCCUGUAGAAAACACAUUUUGCAGUGGAGACCACAUAUCGUGGCACAGUCCCCUGGACAACAGUGAGUCUCGUAUCCAACACAUGCUGCUCACUGAGGACCCCCAGAUAUCGCCGGUCCACACACCCUUCGGCCUGGUCAACUUCCUGCAGGUGAGCUAAUCUAGCCCAAGGCUCUCAGGCCUAACCCCUCAAUUCCCUCCGUCGAGUAUAUAAUAGCAUUCUGUGUGUGUGUUCUUUUACCCUCUUUUUCGUACUCCUUUUUUUCCCUUUCUCUGUUUUUGUGUGUGUGUGUUAACUCCCUCUCCUCUCUCUGUAGAUUGUGGGUGUGUGUACAGAAGAGUUGCAGGCUGCCCAGCAGUGGAACGGCCAGGGAAUACUGGAGCUGCUUCGAGGGGUCCAUGUGUGAGUUUGAAAUAUGAGAUACCUCCCUGCCAGACUACCAGUCUUAUUUCACAUUAACCCAGUGUGACCGAGUCCAUGAUUCUCUUUUCUCCUCCAUGCUGUCUGUGUUCAGUGCCGGAGGACCCUGGUUGAUAACUGACAUGAGGAGAGGAGAGACUAUGUUUGACAUCGACCCGCAUUUACAAGUAAGGCUUUGAUUAAUUACUGUGUAUUCAUUCAAAUUGUAUUUUCAUUUAAACAGCUCCACCUGCUGGUUCAGUCCCCACAAUGUAUUUGGGUGUCUGUUAAUGUGUGUGUGUGUGGGCUAGUGUUAAUGUUUGCGUGUGGGUGUUUGCUCAUCCUAAGCAGGAGCGUGUGGACCAGGGUAUAGAGACAGAGGGAUCCAACCUGAGCGGCGUGAGCGCCAAGUGUGUGUGGGACGACCUCAGCCGACCGUCCGAGGAUGAAGAGGAUAGCCGCUCCAUCUGUAUAGGAUCUCAGCCACGAAGACUGUCGGAAAAAGGUAACAAACACACACACACAAACCUAACCUAUCCCUAGACACUUUUAAUGGGCCCUCAUAGAUCUGACCUGGGUUGUGUUCAAUAGGCACCAAAUGUUUUUUUUUUUUUUAUUGAAACAGGGAAGGACUAUUUGUUUUCUGUUGCAAAACUAUAUAAAAACAUGUAUGUAUGUGUGUGUGUGUGUGUGUGUGUGUGUGUAUAUAUAUAUAUAUAUAUAUAUAUAUAUAUAUAUAUAUAUAUAUAUAUAUAUACACACACACACACAGUGGGGAGAACAAGUAUUUGAUACACUGCCGAUUUUGCAGAUUUUCCUACUUACAAAGCAUGUAGAGGUCUGUAAUUUGUAUCAUAGGUACACUUCAACUGUGAGAGAUGGAAUCUAAAACAAAAAUCCAGAAAAUCACAUUGUAUGAUUUUUAAGUAAUUAAUUUGCAUUUUAUUGCAUGACAUAAGUAUUUGAUACAUCAGAAAAGCAGAACUUAAUAUUUGGUACAGAAACCUUUGUUUGCAAUUACAGAGAUCAUAUGUUUCCUGUAGGUCUUGACCAGGUUUGCACACACUGCAGCAGGGAUUUUUGCCCACUCCUCCAUACAGACCUUCUCCAGAUCCUUCAGGUUUCGGGGCUGUCGCUGGGCAAUACGGACUUUCAGCUCCCUCCAAAGAUUUUCUAUUGGGUUCAGGUCUGGAGACUGGCUAGGUCACUCCAGGACCUUGAGAUGCUUCUUACGGAGCCACUCCUUAGUUGCCCUGGCUGUGUGUUUCGGGUCGUUGUCAUGCUGGAAGACCCAGCCACCACCCAUCUUCAAAGCUCUUACUGAGGGAAGGAGGUCGUUGGCCAAGAUCUCGCGAUACAUGGCCCCAUCCAGCCUCCCCUCAAUACGGUGCAGUCGUCCUGUCCCCUUUGCAGAAAAGCAUCCCCAAAGAAUGAUGUUUCCACCUCCAUGCUUCACGGUUGGGAUGGUGUUCUUGGGGUUGUACUCAUCCUUCUUCUUCCUCCAAACACGGCGAGUGGAGUUUAGACCAAAAAGCUAUAUUUUUGUCUCAUCAGACCACAUGACCUUCUCCCAUUCCUCCUUUGGAUCAUCCAGAUGGUCAUUGGCAAACUUCAGACGGGACAUGCGCUGGCUUGAGCAGGGGGACCUUGCGUGCGCUGCAGGAUUUUAAUCCAUGACGGCGUAGUGUGUUACUAAUGGUUUUCUUUGAGACUGUGGUCCCAGCUCUCUUCAGGUCAUUGACCAGGUCCUGCCGUGUAGUUCUGGGCUGAUCCCUCACCUUCCUCAUGAUCAUUGAUGCCCCACGAGGUGAGAUCUUGCAUGGAGCCCCAGACCGAGGAUGAUUGACCGUCAUCUUGAACUUCUUAAAUUUUCUAAUAAUUGCGCCAACAAUUGUUGCCUUCUCACCAAGCUGCUUGCCUGUUGUCCUGUAGCCCAUCCCAGCCUUGUGCAGGUCUACAAUUUUAUCCCUGAUGUCCUUACACAGCUCUCUGGUCUUGGCCAUUGUGGAGAGGUUGGAGUCUGUUUGAUUGUGUGGACAGGUGUCUUUUAUACAGGUAACGAGUUCAAACAGGUGCAGUUAAUACAGGUAAUGAGUGGAGAACAGGAGGGCUUCUUAAAGAAAAACUAACAGGUCUGUGAGAGCCGGAAUUCUUACUGGUUGGUAGGUGAUCGAAUACUUAUGUCAUGCAAUAAAAUGCAAAUUAAUUACUUAAAAAUCAUACAAUGUGAUUUUCUGGAUUUUUGUUUUAGAUUCCAUCUCUCACAGUUGAAGUGUACCUAUGAUAAAAAUGUCAGACCUCUACAUGCUUUGUAAGUAGGAAAACCUGCAAAAUCGGCAGUGUAUCAAAUACUUGUUCUCCCCACUGUAUAUACAUACAUGCAUACAGUACCAGUCAAAAGUUUGGACAGGUUUUUCUUUAUUUUUGCUAUUUUUUACAUUGUAGAAUAAUAGUGAAGACAUCAAAACUAUGAAAUAACACAUAUAGAAUCACGUAGUAACCAAAAAAGUGUUAAACAAAUACACUGCUCAAAAACAUAAAGGGAACACUAAAAUAACACAUCCUAGAUCUAAAUGAAUGAAAUAAUCUUAUUAAAUACUUUUUUCUUUACAUAGUUGAAUGUGCUGACAACAAAAUCACACAAAAAUUAUCAAUGGAAAUCAAAUGUAUCAACCCAUGGAGGUCUGGAUUUGGAGUCACCCUCAAAUUUAAAGUGGAAAACCACACUACAGGCUGAUCCAACUUUGAUGUAAUGUCCUUAAAACAAGUCAAAAUGAGGCUCAGUAGUGUGUGUGGCCUCCACGUGCCUGUAUGACCUCCCUACAACGCCUGGGCAUGCUCCUGAUGAGGUGGCGGAUGGUCUCCUGAGGGAUCUCCUCCCAGACCUGGACUAAAGCAUCCGCCAACUCCUGGACAGUCUGUGGUGCAACUUGGCGUUGGUGGAUGGAGCGAGACAUGAUGUCCCAGAUGUGCUCAAUUGGAUUCAGGUCUGGGGAACGGGCAGGCCAGUCCAUAGCAUCAAUGCCUUCCUCUUGCAGGAACUGCUGACACACUCCAGCCACAUGAGGUCUAGCAUUGUCUUGCAUUAGGAGGAACCCAGGGCCAACCGCACCAGCAUAUGGUCUCACAAGGGGUCUGAGGAUCUCAUCUCGGUACCUAAUGGCAGUCAGGCUACCUCUGGCGAGCUCAUGGAGGGCUGUGCGGCCCCCCAAAGAAAUGCCACCCCACACCAUGACUGACCCACCGCCAAACCGGUCAUGCUGGAGGAUGUUGCAGGCAGCAGAACGUUCUCCACGGCGUCUCCAGACUCUGUCACGUCUGUCACGUGCUCAGUGUGAACCUGCUUUCAUCUGUGAAGAGCACAGGGCGCCAGUGGCGAAUUUGCCAAUCUUGGUGUUCUCUGGCAAAUGCCAAACGUCCUGCACAGUGUUGGGCUGUAAGCACAACCCCCACCUGUGGACGUCGGGCCCUCAUACCACCCUCAUGGAGUCUGUUUCUGACCGUUUGAGCAGACACAUGCACAUUUGUGGCCUGCUGGAGGUCAUUUUGCAGGGCUCUGGCAGUGCUCCUCCUGCUCCUCCUUGCACAAAGGCGGAGGUAGCAGUCCUGCUGCUGGGUUGUUGCCCUCCUACGACCUCCUCCACGUCUCCUGAUGUACUGGCCUGUCUCCUGGUAGCGCCUCCAUGCUCUGGACACUACGCUGACAGACACAGCAAACCUUCUUGCCACAGCUCGCAUUGAUGUGCCAUCCUGCAUGAGCUGCACUACCUGAGCCACUUGUGUGGGUUGUAGACUCCGUCUCAUGCUACCACUAGAGUGAAAGCACCGCCAACAUUCAAAAGUGACCAAAACAUCAGCCAGAAAGCAUAGGAACUGAGUAGUGGUCUGUCGUCACCACCUGCAAAACCAGUCCUUUAUUGGGGGUGUGUUGCUAAUUGCCUAUAUUUUCCACCUGUUGUCUAUUCCAUUUGCACAACAGCAUGUGAAAUUUAUUGUCAAUCAGUGUUGCUUCCUAAGUGGACAGUUUUAUUUCACAGAAGUGUGAUUGACUUGGAGUUACAUUUUGUUGUUUAAGUGUUCCCUUUAUUUUUUUGAGCAGUGUAUAUAUAUUUUAUAUUUGAGAUUCUUCAAAUAGCCACCCUUUGCCUUGAUGACAGCUUUGCACACUCUUGGCAUUCUUUCAACCAGCUUCACCUGGAAUGAUUUUCCAACAGUCUUGAAGGAGUUCCCACAUAUGCUGAGCACUUGUUGGGUGCUUUUCCUUCACUCUGCCUUCCGACUCAUCCCAAAACAUCUCAAUUGGGUUGAGGCCGGGGGAUUGUGGAGGCCAGGUCAUCUGAUGCAACACCCCAUUACUCUCCUUCUUGGUCAAAUAGCCCUUACACAGCCUGGAGGUGUGUUGGGUCAUUGUCCUGUUGAAAAACAAAGGAUAGUCCCACUAAGGCCAAACCAGAUGGGAUGGCAUAUCGCUGCAGAUUGCUGUGGUAGCCAUGCUGGUUAAGUGUGCCUUGAAUUCUAAAUACAUCACCAGCAAAGCACCCCCACACCAUAACACCACCUCCUCCAUGCUUUACGGUAGGAACUACACAUGCAGAGAUAAUCCGUUCACCCACACCACGUCUCACAAAGACACAGCGGUUUGAACCAAAAAUCUCAAAUUUGGACUCUAGACCAAAGGACAAAUUUCCACCGGUCUAAUGUCCAUUGCUCGUGUUUCUUGGCCCAAGCAAGUCUCUUCUUAUUGUUGUUGUCCUUUAGUAGUGGUUUCUUUGCAGCAAUUCGACCAUGAAGGCCUGAUUCACACAGUCCCCUCUGAACAGUUGAUGUUGAGAUGUGUCUGUUACUUGAACUCUGUGAAGCACUUAUUUGGGCUGCAAUUUCUGAGGCUGGUAACUCUAAUGAACGUAUCUUCUGCAGCAGAGGUAACUCUGGGUCUUCCAUUCCUGUGGUGGUCCUCAUGAGAGCCAGUUUCAUCAUAGCGCUUGAGGGUUUUUGCGACUGCACUUGAAGGAACUUUCAAAGUUCUUGAAAUGUUCCGUAUUGACUGACCUUCAUGUCUUAAAGUAAUGAUAGACUGUUGUUUCUCUUUGCUUAUUUGAGUUGUUCUUGCCAUAAUAUGGACUUUAUCUUUUACCAAAUAGGGCUGUCUUCUGUAUUCCCCUACCUUGUCACAACACAACUGAUUGGCUCAAACGCAUUAAGAAGGAAAUACCUUCCACAAAUUAACUUUGAAGAAGGCACACCUGUUAAUUGAAAUGCAUUCCAGGUGACUACCUCAUGAAGCUGGUUGAGAGAAUACUAAGAAUGUGCAAAGCUGUCAUCAAUAUAUUUUGAUUUGUUUAACACUUUUUUGGUUACUACAUGAUUCCAUAUGUGUUAUUUCAUAGUUUUUACAUUUUCACUAUUAUUCUACAAUGUAAAAAAUAAAAAAUUAAUAAAGAAAACCCCUUGAAUGAGUAGGUGUGUCCAAACUUCUGAUUGAUAGUGUAUAUUGUGUGUGCCCUAUUGGACACUACCCAGAUAAGUGUAAGCAAUAUGGUGAUUUAAGUCCUAUCUGAGUGGUUUUGUGUCCUAAUGUUACUGUAUGUCCCAAAACUAACCCAAUGGUUUGGUUUGUCCCCUGCAGAUACAGAGCAGAUCAGAGAAGCCCUGAGGAAAGGACUGGAGUUCAACACUAAAGCAGCACUACCCCCUAUCAACUCACAGAAACAAGGACAUGACAGGCCUCAGUGAGUACAUACACACACAGUGCAGCUGCUGUUUACUCACUUUCCCACUCCAAACUUUCAUUCUGAGUCAGCAUAGAGGCACACACACGCCACUCAUGUUUUUCUCUUUCCUCUGAAGCGGUGAUGUCACAUCAACAGCUUUCACCCCCUCCUUUGUAGUGUUCUCUAGAGUAGACUAUACACAUGCGUACCCCUCCCCUUAACCCAGCCAGAGACCACGCCAUGAGACCCCAGUGUGUACGCAGUAUUGGGACAUAGGUGUAUGAAAUUGUAUGUGGUACAAUUCUCCCCCUGGUUUCUCCAUAGAGAAACAAUGGCCAUUACAAAGCCAGCAGUAUCACAGGUAAGAGAAAGCCGAGAUGAGGGGUAAGGUGCUUAUGCACAUGUCCAGUUCCAUAGCGAUCUCAUUCACACACUUUAUAGGGAGCUACAGGCCACAAUCGGACUUGUUUCCCCUGAACGUAAGUACGUAAGCGGUCAUUUAAAUCUCUUUCUGACUCUCCUUCUCUCGCUUUCUCUAGAAGUCGUAAGGACAGUCUGGAGAGUGAGAGUUCGGCGGCCAUCGUUCCUCACGAGCUAGUUCGUACCAGACAACUGGAGAGUGUUCAUCUGAAAUUCAACCAGGAGUCAGGAACACUGCUGCCCCUCUGUCUCAGGUACGCGCACUGGAGUUGGGGGUGAGCCUGGGUCUUCCCACAUGCAUACAGAUUACAUAAAACAAGACCAGGGUCAUCUGAGCCCUUUGUUUGUGAAAGCAGGAGAGAUAGGGAGGCGGUGUCUGAGAUGGAUGGAUGGAGUGAGUGAGCGAGACGGUGGGUGAGAAGAAGCAAGGUUCUCCAACCCAGCAGACGUCUUACAAUACAGUAUGUAUUCAGUGACGUUUAAUGAUUGUUGUGCUGGUCAUCUUCUGUGCUUAGGGGUCGUUUGCUCCAUGGUAGACACUUCACCUAUAAGAGUAUAAAUGGAGACACAGCCAUCACCUUUGUAUCCACUGGAGUAGAGGGGGCCUUUGCUACUGAGGAACACCCGUAUGCCGCACAUGGACCCUGGCUACAGGUAAACACACACUGGCUCCUGGUACACACACAAACUGCUUCAAGUGAAUACUUGCUGCAUGUACUUACUGCAUGUACUUAUGUUACCAUAUCUGCUCCUCAGAUAUUGCUGACUGAGGAGUUUGUUGAACAGAUGCUUGGAGAUCUAUCGGAGCUCAACACUCGAGAGGAGGUGAGGGAAACACCUUUUACCAUUCUUUACAGGGGUAAUAUAUAAAAUGGAGUGGCUGCAGAUCUGAGUUCCCUGGAACCCUCUUCCCGACAGCUAAAGCUCUACUCGUUCGGCUGCUCUGUGUGAUGAAUUGAGAAUGGUACUUGUUUAAUAAAGUUAGAUCUAAGCUGAAUCAAUGUCUGCGAGAUCAAUGAUAGUAUUCUACACAACAGAACAGAAUAUAAUACCAUAUAACGUUACUGUAAGACAAAAAAGACCACCUCAUUUCUUAUGAUAUUUAUGGAUGAUUGUGCGAAUGGUUGCAUUUUUCUUUCAUGCGGCCAAAAUUCAACUGCACAUGACUCUAGGCAAUAUACAGUGCCUUCAGAAAGUAUUCAUACCCCUUGACUUAUUCCACAUUUUGUUGUUACAGCCUGAAUUCAAAAUUGAUCCAUUUAUUUUGUUUUUCACCAAUCUACACACAAUACCCUAUAAUGACAGUGAAAACAUGUUUUUAGAAAUUUUAACACAUUUAUUUAAAAUGAAAUCUCUAAUUUACAUAAGUAUUCACACCCCUCAGUCAAUACUUUGUAGAACCACCUUUCGCAGCGAUUACAGCUGUGAGUCUUUCUGGAUAACUCUCUAAGAGCUUUCCACACCUGGAUUGUGCAACAUUUUCCAAUGUAUUCUUUUCUAAAUUCUUCAAGCUCUGUCAAAUUGGUUGUUAUUCAUAGCAAGAAAGACAUUUUCAAGUCUUGCCAAUAGAUUUUAAAACAGUUUUAGUCAAAACUGUAAUGUGGACACUCAGGAAUAUUCACUGUCUUCUUGGUAAGCAACUCCAGUGUAGAUUUGGCCUUGUGUUUUAGGUUAUUGUCCUUCUGAAAGGUGAAUUCAUCUCCUGGUGACUGGUGGAAAGCAGACUGGACUGAACCAUGUUUUCCUCUAGAAUUUUGUCUGUAAUUAGUUCCAUUCUGUUUCUUUUUUAUCCUGAAAAACUCCCCAGUCCUUAACAUGAUACAGCCACCACCAUGCUUGAAAAUAUGGAGAGUGGGACUCAGUAAUGUGUUGGAUUUGGAUUUGCCCCAACCAUAACACUUUAUGUUCAGGACAAAAAGUAAAUAGCUUUGCCACAUUUUUUGCAGUUUUACUUUAGUGCCUUGUAGCAGGAUGCAUGUUUUGGAAUAUUUACAGUUGAAGUCGGAAGUUUACAUACACCUUAGCCAAAUACAUUUUUACUCAGUUUUUCACAAUUCCUGACAUUUAAUCCUAGUAAAUAUUCCCUGUCUUAGGUCAGUUAGGAUCACCACUUUAUUUUAAGAAUGUGAAAUGUCAGAAUAAUAGUAGAGAGAAUGAUUUAUUUCAGCUUUUAUUUAUUUAAUCACAUUCCCAGUGGGUCAGAAGUUUACAUACAUUCAAUUAGUAUUUGGUAGCAUUUCCUUUAAAUUGUUUAACUUGGGUCAAACGUUUCGGGUAGCCUUCCACAAGCUUCCCACAAUAAUUUGGGUGAAUUUUGGCCCAUUCCUCCUGACAGAGCUGGUGUAACUGAGUCAGGUUUAUAGGCCUCCUUGCUCGGACACGCUAUUUCAGUUCUGCCCACACAUUUUCUAUAGGAUUGAGGUCAGGGCUUCGUGAUGGCCACUCCAAUACCUUGACUUUGUUGUCCUUAAGCCAUUUUGCCACAACUUUGGAAGUAUGUUUGGGGUCAUUGUCCAUUUGGAAGACCCAUUUGCGACCAAGCUUUAACUUCCUGACUGAUGUCUUGAGAUGUUGCUUCAAUAUAUCCACAUAAUUUUCCUUCCUCAUGAUGCCAUCUAUUUUGUGAAGUGCACCAGUCCCUCCUGCAGAAAAGCACCCCCACAGCAUGAUGCUGCCACCCCCGUGCUUCACGGUUGGGAUGGUGUUCUUCGGCUUGCUAGGCACCCCCUUUUUCCUCCAAACAUAACAAUGGUCAUUAUGGCCAAACAGUUCAAUUUUUGUUUCAUCAGAACAGGAGACAUUUCUCCAAAAAGUACAAUCUUUGUCCCCAUGUGCAGUUGCAAACCGUAGUCUGGCUUUUUUAUGGCGGUUUUGGAGCAGUGGCUUCUUCCUUGCUGAGCGGCCUUUCAGGUUAUGUCGAUAUAGGACUUGUUUUACUGUGGAUAUAGAUACUUUUGUACCUGUUUCCUCCAGCAUCUUCACAAGGUCUUUUGCUGUUGUUCUGGGAUUGAUUUGCACUUUUCACAUCAAAGUAUGUGCAUGUCUAGGACACAGAACCCAUGGUGUUAAUACUUGCGUACUAUUGUUUGUACAGAUGAACGUGGUACCUUCAGGCGUUUGGAAAUUGCUCCCAAGGAUGAACCAGAUUUGUGGAUGUCUACAAAAAUGUUUCUGAGGUCUUGGCUGAUUUAUUUAGAUUUUCCCAUUAUGUCAAGCAAAGAGGCACUGAGUUUGAAGGUAGGCCUUUAAAUACAUCCACAGGUACACCUCUAAUUGACUCAAAUGAUGUCAAUUAGCCUAUCAGAAGCUUCUAAAGCCAUGACAUAGUUUUCUGGAAUUCUAAAAGCUUUUUAAAGGCACAGUCAACUUAGUUUAUGUAAACUUCUGACCCACUGGUAUUGUGAUACAGUUAAUUAUAAGUGAAAUAAUCUGUCUGUAAACAAUUGUUGGAAAAAUUACUUGUGUCAUGCACAAAGUAGAUGUCCUAACCGACUUGCCAAAACGUAAUGACUCCAACCUAAGUGUAUGUAAACUUCCGACUGUAUAUUCUGUACAGGCUUCCUUCUUUUCACUCUGUCAAUUAGGUUAUUAUUGUGGAGUAACUACAAUGUUGUUGAUCCAUCCUCAGUUUUCUCUUAUCACAGUCAUUCAACUCUGUAAUUGUUUUAAAGUCACCAUUGGCCUCAUGGGGAAAUCCCUGAGCGGUUUCCUUUCUCUCAGGCAACUGAGUUAGGAAGGACACCUUUAUCUUUGUAGUGACUGGGUGUAUUGAUACACCAUCCAAAGUGUAAUUAAUAACUUCACUAUGCUCAAAGGGAUAUUCAAUGUCUGUUUAUGUUUACCCAUCUACCAAUAGGUGCCUUUCUUUGCAAGGCAUUGGAAAAUGUCCCUGGUCUUUGUGGUUGAAUCUGUGUUUGAAAUGCACUGCUAGACUGAGGGACCUUAGAUAAUUGUAUGUGUGGGGUACAGAGAUGAUGUAGUCAUUCAAGAAUCAUGAUAAACACUAUUAUUGCACACAGAGUGAGUCUAUGCAACUUAUGUGACUUGUUAAGCAAAUUUUUACUCCUGAACUUAUUUAGGCUUGCCAUAACAAAGGAGUUGAAUACUUAUUGACUCAAGACACUUCAGCUUUUCAUUUGUAAUUAAUUUGUAAAAAUUUCAAAAAACCAUAAUUCCACUUUGACAUUACGGGGUAUUGUGUGUAGGCUAGCAACCCAAAAAAAUCUAAAUGUAUCAAUUUUAAAUUCAGGCUGUAACACAACAAAAUGUGGAAAAAGUAAAGGGUGUGAUUGAAACAAACACCGGUAUUCUACAGUUUAACACCAUCGGAAAGUAUUCAGACCCCUUGACUUUUUCCACAUUUUGUUAUGUUACAGCCUUAUUCUAAAAUUGAUUAAAUUAUUGUUUUCUUCAUCAAUCUACACACAAUACCCAAUAAUUACCAAGCGAAAACAGGUUUUCAGAAUUUUUUUCAAAUGUUGUAACAUUUAACAACUGGAAUACCUUAUUUACAUAAGGAUUCAGACCCUCAAAAUUGAGCUCAGGUGCAUCCUGUUUCCAUUAAUCAUCCUUGAGAUGUUUCUACAAAUUGAUUGGAGUCCACCUGUGGUAAAUUCAAUUGAUUGGACAUGAUUUGGAAAGGCACACGCAUGUCUAUAUAAGGUCCCACAGUUGACAGUGCAUGUAGAGCAAAAACCAAGCCAUCAGGUCAAACAAAUUGUCCAUAGAGUUCUGAGACAGGAUUGUGUCGACGCACAGAUCUGGGGGAGGGUACCAAAAAAUGUCUGCAGCAUUGAAGGUCCCCAAGAACACAGUGGCCUCUAUCAUUCUUAAAUGGAAGAAGUUUGGAACCACCAAGACUCUUCCUAGAGCUGGCCCCCAGCCAAACUGAGCAAUCGGGGGAGGAGGGCCUUGGUCAGGGAGGUGACCAAGAACCUGAUGAUCACACUGACUGAGCUCCAGAAUUCCUCUGUGGAGAUGGGAGAACCUUCCAGAAGGACAACCAUCUUUGCAGCACUCUACCAAUCAGGCCUUUAUGGUAGAGUGGCCAGAUGGAAGCCACUCCUCUGUAAAAGGCACAUGACAACCAGCUUGGAGUUUGCCAAAAGGCACCUAAAGGACUCUCAGACCAUGAGAAACAAGAUUAUCUGGUCUGAUGAAACCAAGAUUGAACUCUUUGGCCUGAAUCCCAAGCAUCACGUCUGGAGUAAACCUGGUACCAUCCCUACAGUGAAGCAUGGUGGUGGCAGCAUCAUGCUGUGGGUAUAUCUUUUGGCGGCAGUGUCAGAGAGACUAGUCAGGAUCGAAGGAUAGAUGAACGGAGCAAAGUACAGAGAGAUCGUUGAUGAAAACCUGCUCCAGAGUAUUCAGGACCUCAGACCUCACCUUCCAACAUGACAACGAUCUUAAGCACAGAGCCAAGACAACGCAGGAGUGGCUUCAGGACAAGUCUCUGAAUGUCCUUGAGUGGCCCAGCCAGAGCCCGGACUUGAACCUGAUCAAACAUCUCUGGAGAGACCUGAAAUAGCUGUGCAGCGACGCUCUCCAUCCAAACUGACAGAGCUUGAGAGGAUCUGCAGAGAAGAAUGGGGGAAAAACUCAGCAAAUACAGGUGUGCCAAGCUUGUAGCGUCAUACCCAAGAAGACAUGAGGCUGUAAUCGCUGCCAAAGGUGCUUCAACAAAGUACUGAGUAAAGGGUCUGAAUACUUAUGUAAAUGUGAUAUUUCAGUUUAUUUGUUUAUUUUAUCACUCACGAUUAACUGUGAGAAAUGUGACGGGGGGGUGACCAUAGAAAUUUGUGCAUAAAGUAGAGGUAAGGAAAUCCAUGCGCAGAAUUUGAUUCGGGUCUUCGGCUCUGGGGAAAGCUUCCGGGGGGGGGGGGGCUACCUAUGGAUCUGCAGCCUCGGCCUAUAAAGAAGCUGUUCGGUAAUCCUGUAAUAUUACGGUGGGAAGAUUCCAGAAAAGUUCCUAGAUUUUUCAGAAAUCCUGGUUGGAGGAUUCCAAUAAUAGUCAGGGAAGGAAAAACCCUGCAAAGUUUCCAGAAUUUAAACUUUGUUCUGUAUCUGUCAUUAAUACAUUUUAUCCUGUUUUGAUUCCUCCUUCCAGACCAAGUUACCGAAGGAAUACAGCUGGCCAGAGAAGAAAUUGAAGAUCUCGGUCCUGCCUGACUCUGUGUUCGACAGCCCUCUGCAGUGAGACUGCGACCCACUCCUCUUUUCAGAAUACUCUGGACCUCCUUACACAGUCAGUUCCCAUGGAUGGACCUGUUCACCCAGCCUUUAAAUGGGUCAUGUUCAUUAGGACAAAUUGUAGCAAAGCGUUUCGCAACAACAUGAAAACAAGUGUUUUUUAUUGGACAAGUUCAGAUAGUAGCUCCUUUAACACACACAAACACGUUUCGGACAGUUAUCUUCCGUUUUGUGCCUACUGAAC